CAACAAUAUUUAGGUCAACGCGAUUCUUGUUUGGCACGUGCAUACUUACCACUUACAAAAAGUAUCGUGCAGAGGUCUCGAAUAACAACAGGUGAGAGACAAAUAUGUUCGAAAGAGGGGGAAAAAAGACCACUCGAAUGAGUUUACUUAUAUAUGGUAAUUUUUCAGGUUGGACACGGAUAUUUACCCGAGAAAGCAGUGUUCUCACUCACAACACGAAACCGUUCAAUUAUAGGGAGCCUGUGUAGUAGCCUAUAUAGACCAUCACUUUUCCCUCAAAUACAUGCAAAAUGACACUUUAGCCUAUCAUUUUAGAGGAUAAAAUGAACGUUAAAUCAGGCUGAAAUAUGAGCCUAUUGAUAAUGGACUCAUGCAGAAUACUCUUUACAAUUGCAAUGAAAGGGAAAUCUUGGUAUUUCAUGAAUGGUUGUCCUACUUGCUCUGGGCUAGACUAUGGCCCACGAAACGAUUGCGUGUGAAUGCAAGGAACAGUGUCCCCUUCACGGGUGGUUUGAGUGAAUGAAUGCGAGUGUCGUGGUGACUGGUGAUAGAGGAGAAGACAGAUUGACCUCUUCCGCGUUUUCCUGGAGUUGUGUCCUCAUUACCCAGGAGGCUACUUUAUCCUUGCACGUGUAGGUCUACGUUUGUAUGUCUACCCCCACCCCUCAUUAGUACAGAGAGAGGGGAGGAAAAAAUAAAGUACAUUUAUACAACAAUCCCCCGCCUCUUCUCACCAUCUCCUACAGUAGGCUACUUAUACCACAUUUGGGCUACACUACCACUUCCUCAUGUUCUGCGGCGCCGGGCUGCUGCUGACCGGAUCCAACCAUGUCCGUAGAGAAUUUAGCCGCCGGCGGCAAUGACGGGACCGCAGACAAACGAUCAGGUACCGGUACACCUAUUUGUACCGCGUUCAAGACAACUCGAACUCGGAAACUCGUAAACUGAGCUCCAGGAUGAAAAGGAUCAGAAUCAACCAAUAGGAAACUCUACGCAAAAACCGUACGCACAUUUUCACUUGGAGGUUCUGAUCUUUCCGAGUUGUCUUGAAAGCACCACGUGUGAGUUCUCUUGAUUAUGAGGUGAUAAUAGUUUAUUGUAGUCGAUGCUAUACGCCGGGUGGGAUUUAGGGGAGCUGUUUCCAUGUUUUUCGCUUUGAAAAACAAUUUUGGUUCUCCCCCAAAAUGUAGAUCAAUGGAGCAAACGCACACUCGAAGAAGUCCUAGGACGCGCCUGUGGAAGUUUAAUAAUUUUGAACAUAUUUGUGGCAUUUUACCAUGUAAUUUCGCAGGACCCUUGCAGUUAGGAGAAACCAAUAGCCUUCCUGUUUCUCGGCCUUACGUCAUAACGCCCCACCUGGCAGGAGCCAUGCCUGAUGUCAUAACCCCCCACCUGGCAGGAGCCAUGCCUGAUGUCAUAACCCCCCACCUGGCAGGAGCCAUGCCUGAUGUCAUAACCCCCCACCUGGCAGGAUCCUUGCCUGAUGUCAUAACCCCCCACAAGGCAGGAGCCAUGCCUGAUGUCAUAACCCCCCACAAGGCAGGAGCCAUGCCAAUCCAAGAGCUGUCUAGGAAACGGAAGGGGGAUCUAGAUAACAGGGAAAAUGGUGAUGCUCAAAUAGAGGCGCAACAGAGCAGAUCGGAAGACGAUGAUCAACAGGUGAAAAUAAAAUGGUUCAGGGAGCCACACAGCCAAAUUGAAAAGCGGCGAAGGGACAAAAUGAACACCCUUAUUGACGAGCUGUCAGCCAUGAUCCCCUCCUGGAACCCCAUGGCCAAAAAGCUUGACAAACUCACGGUUCUGCGAAUGGCUGUACAGCAUCUGAAAGCCCUGAAAGCAGGUGCCAGCAGUUCCUUUACUGAUGUUAACUACAAACGCAAGCCUUCAUUUCUGCCUCAGGAUGAUCUCAAGCACCUGGUGCUCACGGCUGCAGAUGGGUUCCUGUUCGUGGUGAGUUGUGACAGGGGGAAGAUCCUCUUUACCUCAGAAUCCGUCUCCAAGUUCCUCAACUACAGUCGGUUGGAACUAAUUGGACAGAGUCUUUUUGAUUAUGUCCACCCGAAGGACAUUAGUAAAGUGAAAGAGCAGCUGUCAGCCUCAGGAUUAUACCCUCGUGAACGGCUCAUAGAUGCCAAAAGCUCUCCCGGUUCUUUAGCAGGGUUAGAGGUGCAGGAGCUUCCUGUGGGAGCAGUUCAACUGUGUACAGGGGCACGGCGCUCCUUCUUCUGCCGCAUGAAGCACAGCAGAACAGUUAUGAAGACAGAAGACAAAACCAUCCAGGCCAGCAGCUCCAAGAAAAAGGAGUCUCAACGAUACUGCACUGUCCAUUGCACUGGUUACAUGCGGAGUUGGCCCUCCACCCAGCUGGAUGCUGAGAGCGACGAUAACGAGUCCUCCCAUCUGUCCUGCCUGGUUGCUGUGUGCCGCGUUCACCCUAUCAAUGCCUGUCAGCCCCAACGAGAGGUCAAGGUCAAACCCACCCAGUUUGUCACUCGCUUUGCAAUUGACGGCAAGUUCAUCUUCGUAGACCAACAAGCCACUACUGUUCUGGGCUACUUGCCACAGGAACUACUGGGGACGUCUUGUUAUGAGUACUUCCACCAGGACGACCUGCAACACCUCGCAGAGACACAUAGGAAAGUUCUCCGUAGUAAAGAGAAGAUUGAGACCAGCUGCUACAAGUUCAAAACAAAACUUGGCUCCUUCGUCAUGCUUCAAAGUCAGUGGUUUAGUUUUAUAAACCCUUGGACCAAAGAAGUGGAGUUUAUUGUGUCAACAAACCGAGUUUUGGGACCUGGUCACACAGAAACUGAACAGCCGAGCAGCUCCGAGCUGUUGGACGAAGAGAGAAAACGUACUAUCCUUAUCCCUGGCAUCUCCAGUGCCAUGGCCACUAUGAUCUACGCUGGCAGCAUAGGGACCCAGAUAGCAAAUGAGCUCUUGGACUCCAACAGGGUCAAUUGUUCUCCAUCGAGUGGAACCUCCAGUCCCUUCUGUCCAUCUCAGGACAGGUCUCCAAUGGUCUCCUCUCAUGCCAACAUGCCAAAUGAGGAGGUGACCUACUCCGAUACAGUGAGCAAGUCUGGAUCAGAGUCUGCUUCAAAGGGGGCCACAUACGCUGGCAGCAACACACAUAUGGACACAGCCCAUUCUCCCCCAGGAGAGAGCUCCCAGAUGAACCUGGACAGCAUGGUGGGACCAGGCCUCGGUAUCCUGAGCAACAACGAGGCUGCCAUGGCCGUCAUCAUGAGCCUGCUGCAGACUGAUGCCAACCUGGGGGACGCAGUAGACUUUGACAACAUGCACUGGUCUCACUAGCAGAGAUUCAAAUGCUAUGAAUUCAGGAGAAGAAUUUAGAUUCCAAUUCAAGAUUUGAAAAAUGCUAUUUAUUCCUAUCUACAUUACUUCAUUUAUUUAUUUAAGCAUUUUCAAAGAGGAUUUCUACCAAUUCCUGAAUUGGGAUUUCAAUUCACUUCCAGAAUUGAAAUGGAAUUGACCCCCAACUCCAUCAGUCCUUAACUCUGUAGUUUAUGGUUAGACAAACUCCAUCCAGGGACUAUUUUCAUGUGCUCCGCUACCAAUGAAACAGAUUUAUGUGCUUCUGAGGAACUUCUACAGCUCUCUGUUUAAGUUUCAGCAAGAGAAAUCCAGCCUGAGCUAAGAUCAGCAAACUUUUUGGUGGCUUACACAGCUGGUUCAAUUGGUGGGGAUUUGUUUGAUCAAUGUUUCAAUGUAACUGAAUGUGUACUAAAACCACCCGAGUUUGCCUAUAUCUGAGGGGUCACAGAUCGAUACCAGUUCGGUACUCUUGGGGUUCCCGCAGGUGUGAAAGUGAUCAACCCAAAUUCCAAGGUAGCGGACGGAGGCAUAGGUUAAUCAAUUACAAAGUAUAUUAACUCUGAACACUGAUCACUUGUGUGAAUAACUUGAAAUGAAACAUUACAAACGUGUCUUCACUCAAAUUGUCAUUGUCUGUUAUUACAAAGUGAAAUUGUAUAUUGCUCUUUUUGCUCUUGCGUUGUAGGCUUCUGUGUAGAUGAAUCAAUAUUGCUGCCAUGUCUAUUGUAAAGACAGCGGCAUACCUUUUUCUGAAGUCACUCAGAAGUAGAGCUGCUUCUUUUGAAAUGUUUUCAUUUACACUGAAACAGAACACCCUGAAGAUGCACCUGCAGGGAUGUGAUGGAGGCUAAACGCUCAGAAACACUUUUGUAUUUUGUGAAAAGCAUUUACACAUUUAUUAUGCAACGUUGGCGUUCUUAGCAAUAGCGUGUGCAUUGCCUAUCCUAGAGGAACACAAUGGAAAUAAGCUCUCAGGCUUUAUUAUGUUUUGUCCUCAAUGGUUUUAAGUAUCUGGUCUUCAACUUUUUAAUGAUCAAAUAAAAUACUCACUGCCCGUCACCACAA